AGUGCAUAUUCAACAUGGUGGUAGAGGUGCCACGAUGGACAAAUGCAAAACUGGAGAUUGCCACAAAGGAUCCUUUGAAUCCUAUAAAACAAGAUGUGAAGAAAGGCAAGUUGCGUUAUGUGGCCAAUGUUUUCCCACACAAGGGUUAUAUUUGGAACUAUGGAGCUAUCCCACAGACCUGGGAAAAUCCAUCACAUGUUGAUGAAAAUACAGGUUUUGGAGGAGAUAAUGACCCCAUCGAUAUUUGUGACAUUGGGAGCAAGGUAUGUGAAAGAGGGGAGGUCAUCAAGGUUAAAGUACUUGGCACUUUGGCAUUGAUCGAUGAAGGAGAAACAGAUUGGAAAAUUAUUGCCAUUAAUAUUGAAGAUCCUGAAGCUUCUCAUUUCAAUGACAUUGAAGAUGUCAGAAGACUGAAACCCAAUUAUUUGGAAUCCACAGUCGACUGGUUUAGACGGUACAAAGUUCCUGAUGGAAAACCAGAGAACCAGUUCGCUUUUGAUGCAGAAUUUAAAAAUAAGGCUUUUGCAAUAGAUGUGAUUAAAUGUACCCAUGCUCACUGGAAGGCACUGGUAACCAAAAAGUCAGAUGGAGGGGAAAUCAACUGCACUAAUACCACAGUACAAGAAAGUCCUUAUAUCUGCAAACAAGACGAAGCUAAGGCCUUUGUGAAUGCUACCCCUCCAUGUGGACCUGCAAAGUCUCUCCCAGGAGAUGUGGACAAGUGGUAUUAUUAUCAGAAGAAUUAA